AUGGUGUAUGCUUCGGUGUCACUCCCAUUGUCGCCCCCUUUCACUCCCAAAAACACAAAGUGCUUUUCACCUUCCCAUUUUUCAGAAUUUCCCAACAAAUUGAAUUUCAAACCUUCGCCAACGAUUCUAUCCUAUUGCUUUCAGGAAAGAAAUAUUACGCAUCCCGAAUGCAGACAAAAUGAGAACACUGGGACGAUGUGCACUGUAUCCAUCACAAACAAACCCGACGAAUGCAGAAAUUCACCCGAGCUUUCGCAGAGAGGUCUACCUCCUCUAGUGAGUGCAUUGAAAGCCUCAGCUGAACAAAAUGCUGCUUCUUUUCACUUUCCUGGACAUAACAGAGGUCAUGCCGCACCUGUUUCGUUCACUCAACUCAUUGGAAUAAGACCAUAUGUUCAUGAUUUGCCCGAGCUUCCAGAACUUGAUAACCUCUUUAAUCCCCAAGGCCCCAUAUUAGAAGCACAAAAACAUGCAGCCAAACUGUUUGGCUCAUCACACACAUGGUUUCUCGUCGGAGGUACUACUUGUGGUAUACAGGCAGCAAUAAUGGCGACCUGUUCACCAGGGGAAUAUCUCAUUCUUCCCAGGAAUUGUCAUUUAUCAGCUAUCUCUGCCAUGGUUUUAUCGGGUGCAGUACCUAAAUACAUUCUUCCUGACUAUAAAAAUGAUUGGGACAUCGCUGGUGGUGUCACUCCAUUACAAGUAUUGAAUGCUAUUCAGGAACUAGAAUUGGAAGGUAAAAAAACAGCAGCAGUUUUCAUCACGUCACCUACUUAUCAUGGUAUUUGCAGUAACUUGAGUGACAUUUCCGAGUUGUGUCAUUCUCGGAAAAUUCCUUUGAUUGUUGAUGAAGCUCAUGGCGCACAUCUAGGAUUUCAUUCUGAACUGCCUAGGUCAGCCCUCCAGCAAGGUGCUGAUCUAACCGUACAGUCUACCCACAAGGUUCUUUGCUCUCUUACUCAAUCAUCUAUGCUACACAUGUCAGGUAACAUUAUAGAUAAAGAUAGAAUAUCUAGAUGUCUCCAAACUCUCCAAACCACAAGUCCUAGUUACUUGCUUUUGGCUUCCCUAGAUGCUGCUAGAGCUCAACUUAGUGAAAGCCCUGAUAUUGUAUUCAACGAAACGAUUGAAUUAGCAAAUGAAGCAAAAUGCUCAUUAAAACGAAUCCGUGGUAUCUCAGUGCUUGAGAAUUCAAGCUUCCCCAACUUUCCUGCAGUUGAUCCAUUGCGGCUUACUGUAGGUUUUUGGGAGCUUGGUUUAUCAGGUUACAAAGCAGAUGAAAUCUUGUACGGGGAUUUUGGAAUUGUAUGUGAACUCGUUGGGAGUAAGUCUAUCACCUGCGCCCUUAAUCUUGGAACAUGUAGGGAUCACGUCCAGAGGCUUUUAUCGGGAAUAAAGCAUCUAGCUGGAACAUGUUCUUCCAUUCAGCAACCUAAAGACAGAGAACUUACUGAUCAUGCACCCUUUGAUGAUAUAAUCAGGAAAAUGAUCCCUAGAGAUGCAUUUUUUGCACGUAAAAGAAAAGUAACGGUGAAGGAGAGCAUUGGUAAGGUUUCGGGUGAGCUUAUAUGUCCAUAUCCUCCAGGCAUACCGGUAUUGAUCCCUGGCGAAGUUAUUACAGAGAGAGCUGUCGAUUAUCUACUCCAUGUAAGAAGUAAAGGUGCUGAUAUUAGUGGAGCAUCUGAUCCCUUACUCUCUUCUAUAGUUGUCUGCGAUGUACAGUAA